CCACAACCCCACGGCCGCCACGCCCAAACCGGCAUCGCCGUUCGACACGCACAAAUCCCCGGAGCGGGCGCUGAUGAGAUGCAGCCGAAGCGCCGAGAAGGAACCCUGGUUUCGUCCCGCCUGAAUGAUCGGCAGCGGUCCAACGCGGGCGCACGCAUGCUCGUCGUCUCGUCCAAACCAUCAGGAUCCGGUCAGGGGGCCUGCAUCUGCUCGCCAAAACAAUACUCCAUCUAUGUAUACGACUAA